AUGUCUUCAAGUAAGUAUGUGGUGUUGCCGCAGGAGGCACAUACGACGCGGGUGACAGAGGCGGCGGGUCAAUCUAAUGACGAACAUUUUGACAUCGAGCUCGACGACUUGGAUUCGUUAGACUACGAGAUCUCUGAAGACAUCGAACACAACACAGAAACUGGCGAGAAUCUGGGCACUUCGUCCAUGAAAAUGGCGUUCAUGAACAUGGCAAAUUCCAUUUUAGGUGCUGGAAUUAUUGGCCAGCCGUUUGCUUUCCGAAACAGUGGACUUAUUGGAGGAUUAGUGGUUGUUGUUCUAUUGACGUUUCUCAUUGAUUGGACGCUACGUUUGAUAGUUAUCAAUGCUCAGAUGUCUCAGACAAAGUCGUACCAAGAUACAGUUAACUUCUGCUUUGGUAAAUGGGGCAGAAUUCUCCUUUUGGUCACCAUAAGCUCGUUCGCGUAUGGUGGUUGCAUGGCCUUCUGUGUUAUUAUCGGCGACACCAUUCCACAUGUGCUCAAACUGGUCAUUCCAGAGUCCAUCACCAAUCCCGAUACAUCUGUCAUUGGCUGGCUCUUUGGCCGCAACGUCAUCAUCUGCAUUUUCACUGCAUGCAUCUCAUACCCACUAUCUCUCAACAGAGACAUCUCCAAGUUGGCUAAAGCCUCGGGCUUUGCAUUGGUGGGAAUGCUCAUCAUUGUAUUGGUUGCCGUGAUCCGUGGCCCAUUUGUUGACUCGGCAUUGAGAGCACCGCUCACCAAGUUGCAAUGGACUGUUAAUGUCAAUAUAUUCCAGGGUAUUAGCGUGAUAUCGUUUGCGUUAGUGUGCCAUCACAACACAAUUUUCAUAUAUCAGUCAUUAAAGAAUGCUACCGUGUCAAAAUUUGCGAAGUUGACCCACUGGGCAUGUGGAGUAUCCAUGUGUUUUUGCAUACUCAUGGGAGUGAGUGGACUUCUCAAUUUCGGAGCAAACACCAAAGGUAACAUCUUGAACAACUUCAAAAGCAAUGACUUCUGGGCCAACGUGGCUCGUUUCUGCUUCGGUUUGAACAUGUUGACCACGUUUCCCUUGGAGAUCUUUGUAGUCAGGGAUGUAUUGAAGGACAUUGUAUUAAUUGCCGAGGACGGAGGAAGUACUGCUCACUUGGAGCUUUCUAGCCGUCAACAUUUCAUCAUCACCACGGUUCUAGUGUUUUCUUCUAUGUCGGUCUCGUUAUUCACUUGUAACUUGGGUAUGAUCUUGGAGCUUAUUGGUGCCACUUCUGCCUCGUUGAUGGCUUACAUCAUUCCGCCUCUCUGCUACUUGAAAUUGUGCUACGACAAGAUCGACUACAAAACUGCAACUUCAGGCGAGAAGAGGGAUUUCCUAUUAAAGAAGGCGAUUCCUAGCGUCUUGUGCACGUUGUUUGGCUUCUGUGUGAUGUUCAUCAGUUCCUACAAAACUAUCGCCAACAGCAUUAGUGGCAAUGACGGUGAUUCGCAUUGUGUGAUCGACUAG